UGGGGCCGAAGUUAAUUUCAAUGACAAGGCUUCAAAUCUGAUCAUCGAUUAGCUUAUGACGCUUGUAGAUGAUUUGUUUAUAUAUGGCAGCGAUAGUUUAAAGUCUACGUGAGUCUACGGUGAAACAUUUUACGAGGUAGUGAGCAUAUUAUAUUCAACGAUAUCCCCCGAUUAGCAAAUAUGAUACUAUCUAGAGCCAAGCCUGUGGUUACGGAUGGCACCAAGAAAAGCACCUCGAGAAAGGAGAUCCCUAAGUUGGAGGAUUUCCUUGAAAAGCGAGACUAUACAGGAGCGUUGACGUUGUUGGAGUAUAAUAGAAAUGAUCAAAAUUCAAUAAACACAGAUUUAUGGAUUGGUUACUGUGCCUUUCACCUCGGUGAUUAUAAAAGAGCUGCCAAAGUAUAUGAAAACAUGAAAAAGAAAGGGAAUACUUCUGUAGAUCUCGCUACAAAUUUGGCAUGUUGUUAUUUUUACCUUGGUAUGUACCCGGAAGCGUUAAACGUUGUAGAAGAAUCUCCUGAUAGUCGUUUGAAAAUCAGGAUUCUUUUUCAUCUGUCUCACAAAAUGGGUGACGAGAAAAAACUCAUGGAUUACCACCAAAUGCUGGAGGAUGUUAUUGAGGAUCAACUGUGUCUCGCUUCUAUUCAUUAUCUCAGGGCUCACUAUCAGGAGGCUAUUGAUAUAUACAAGAAAAUAUUACUGGAAAACAGGGACUACUUAGCUUUAAACGUCUAUGUAGCUCUGUGCUACUACAAGCUGGACUAUUACGACGUCGCUCAAGAAGUUCUUCAAGUUUAUUUGCAAAAGCAUCCAGACAGCGCAAUUGCCAUCAACCUGAAAGCUUGCAAUCAUUUCAGAUUGUACAAUGGCAGUGCUGCUCAGGCGGAGAUGAAACAACUUAUGGAACAAACAUCAAGCUCGUUCAGCUUUGGGCAUGAUCUAAUACGACAUAAUAUAGUAGUAUUCAGAGGUGGCGAAGGUGCUCUUCAAGUAUUACCUAGCUUGGUAGAUGUGAUACCAGAAGCUAGAUUAAAUCUCGUCAUUUAUUACUUGAAACAAAACGAAGUGAGAGAAGCUUUUGAACUUAUUAAAGACCUUGAACCAGCCGUUCCCCAGGAAUAUAUACUGAAGGGAGUAGUCAAUGCUGCCAUUGGUCAAGAAACAGGCUCUAGGGAGAACAUAAAGACAGCCCAGCAGUAUUUUCAACUAGUCGGAUCAUCAGUGUCAGAAUGUGACACAAUUCCAGGUCGUCAGUGCAUGGCUUCGUGUUUCUUUCUGUUCAGGCAAUUCGAAGAAGUUUUAGUAUAUCUGCACUCGAUAAAGAGCUACUACUUCAAUGAAGAUGUAUUCAAUUUCAACUAUGGCCAAGCUAAAACAGCUGCUGGGUAUUUCAAGGAGGCUGAAGAUGCCUUUCUCAUGAUUCGGAACGAGAGAUACAAGAAUGACUACGUCUACAUCAGCUUACUUUCCUACUGUUACAUAAUGAACAAAAAAGCUCAGUUAGCCUGGGAGCUCUACCUGAAAAUGGAAACAUCGAAUGAAUCUUUCAACCUUUUGCUAUUAAUUGCAAAUACCUGCUACAAAGUGGGAGAGUUUUGGCAUGCAGCUAAAGCAUUCGAUAUGCUGGAGAGAAUGGAUCCAAGCCCUGAGCACUGGGAAGGCAAAAGAGGGGCAUGCUGCGGGACCUUUCAGUACAUUGUGGCAGGAAAACAGCCAAAAGAACUGUUGCCGGACGUAAUUCAGCUGCUAAGAAACACGAAUAACUCACAGGUAGAACAGAUAUCGCGAGUUAUGCGAAAGUGGGGUAAAGACAACAGGAUAAACUUCUAAAGAAUCGAACGUCCAACUCCAAUUAAACUGACGCACGUCAGUUACCUGCAUAAUUAUCUGCAAAGUGCUGCCACGAUUCUUUUUCUCUCUAAAGUAAAUCAGUCCCUGCGUUAAAUAUCUUAUUUUGCGCUUUACAUCUUAUCACAUCACGCGUUUAUCGUCGGAUAUAAUGCGACAUUUCAGAGGAAAAUACCGAUGCGGCACGUGAAAAUACGAAAUUACUUUACAUUACCCGUGAGUAUGUGUGUUCGUAUAUUAUAUACAUGUUGUAUGUAUAUUUAUAGGGAUAUAAGUUAAGAAACUAGUCCGUCCAAGCAUUGUGACUUUGUUUAUAAAACCUCGAUAUACGUAAUAAGAUAUACCAACUGUAUGGAAAAGAGAAACGAGUAAUUUUCACCAUAAUCCUAUACUUUCCAUGAAACGUGGCUUACGUCAAGGUUGUUUUUCGUUACGAAGACACGUUGAAAGCGGCCAGUUGUACACGAUUACUUUUAUUCUCCGCGAACAUUCCUCCUUGUUUACGCGGCAAAUUUUCUUCGUAAACAAUUUGCCACCUUCCGGUCGGAUAUCUUCUCGGUAACACUUUACCUAAAUUCCAAUCGUAAUGUAUUCCUUUGAUUUUCCAACCCAACCAACGCUCGUGCGACAGUGAGAAACUAACUCGCAUUGAGCAGCUACCACGAACUCAUAUAUGUAACGUAUAACUCGUGCCUCAUACUCACAUCGUGUACAAUGUAUCCGAGAAAUCAAUCUCGACUACAUUACACCGAUGCCGCACGAAUACGUUGUUAAUCAUCGUAACGUACGUCGAAUAUAAAAUCUGUCAAACGUCUGCCCUCCUCUCAGAGGUCAUCGUGGUUUCGCCGAAGAACAUUAUCGCUCAGGCGAGGAGGACGGGGCUUUGGCAUUUAUCAUUUGUAAUAACACGUUCCCGCAUCAGAAUCGUUAUUUAUUCCCGGAAAGCCCGCGGGGUGCAAACGCAUGCUGCAACCAGUUAUACUACUUCCCGCCUCGAAGAUGCAUCGGGUUCUCGGAGUGCACCCUCCGACCCUCGUCGCCCGACGAUGAGUCUUGGAGCCGAAAUCGAAGCCUCGAAAAUCCUGAGCAUGCAGAGGGUGGUGAGACGGCCUAAGACGCGACGCAGUCUCGCGCGCUGCAUGUUACACACCGUUCUAGGAAUACCUACGUGGAUCAAUUUUAGCAUUCCUCCGGGCUCGAUGCGUCGGUUAUAGGCUGGUAUUUUAAACAUAGCCUUCGAACGCUCCAAGGCGACUUGACAGUACUAGACUGAGUCACGCUUCGAGAAAUAGGGAAAAUGAACAAACACUGCGUGAUUAAUAUCGGUAUUGUAACGAAGAAACUUCCGAGAUUCGAUUAAAUAUAUAGGUAUAUAUAUAAAUAAAAAUAUUAAAAAUAUUCAAAUCAAUUACAGCAAUAUCGUAAUAACGAGAAAAAGAAAUGAGCUGGCGUACUUGUCGGUUAAUUAUUGUAAUAUGCAUAUUACACGGUGUAGGAAGUUCCGCUUCUAAAAAUGUAUGUUUCCGUGUAUAAUAUCGAAAUAUAGUUAUACUGCAGUAUGUGGUAUAUUCUGAAAGCGAGAGGGUUUUUAAAGGGAAUCGUUUGUAUUUUAAGAAACGAUUUAAUCAUCGAUUUCCUUAAAAUAAAAUAAGAAUGUGACGAGGAAACCGCCGAGGUAUGAAUACCCAGAGCUGCAGGACGGAUAGGUGCUCGUCAUGUAUAUGCAUGUUAAAAACUGACGUGGCGUAGGGUUGGGCCCGUGUAUCGUGCCUACCUCCAUCAUCGUGAUACCUCCGUCCGAUAAGUUCCUCGAAGAAGAGUUCAGCGUUGCGGGGCCCAAGGCAGGCCUACAGGGAAUCGUGAUACUCGUUACAUUUACGAGACCUGACCAGCGGUCCGCUAUCCUCGUCCUUUUUGUCUCCUUUACUGAGAAUAACGCGAUAAUCUCUAUCGCUUUGUCGGCAGGGAGGGGCUCCUGUUUGGAAUAACAGAAUAUAAUUACCUUUUCCUCAGCUUGAAAAUAACCAUCAUCGUCUCCCUCGGACGCAUCACAUUCUCACAGCAGUGAUCUACCUGCAAUCCUAAAAAAACCUGACACUCCGACUGUACUAAGUUGUUACAUCCCUGAAAAGGGUACGAAAAAGGGGGUGAAAUUGAGGAAGAGAAACAUCUGGAUAUACAAUACAUUCGUAUAUAGCUACUGGUAUUACGUGAGGUUUGAAUCGCUAAAGUGUACCAGUGACUAAUUUGCAAUUUUAUCUUCGAACAUCAUAUUCCAGAAAUACUAUUCUCGUACCUCCGCAACUUCCGUUUCAAGAACCGUUCAGGAUAUCGCAGUGAAAUUACAUCGUGUCCUUUUCGAGUCGUGUUUGCCAAUCUUAUGACGCGUCUGGCUGACGCGAAUCGUUUGAAAGCAGAAUUCUUUAAACCACAAUAAACGGAACAUUGGCUUUAAAAAAAAACUGUAAAAAAGUGACUCAACAUUAGCUUAAACUGUAUAACUGUGAAAGUAUAUUCCAUAUCUUUGUACAAGGUUUUAUAAAAAUUGAGUAAAACCCUGUUUCAAUUUAAAGCGAAAGUCGGUGAACGACAACUCGAUCGAUAAAUCGAUCAUUUUGUGGUUGUUUAACUCGCACAUCCACGACAUUAAAACCGUAAAAUAAAGAAGUACGUA